AAGGUAGACCCGUUUCCGGUCACCGGUUCCAGUCGGAGGGAUUAGAAAACGGACACUUCCGCUGUCCUUUCUCCCUCUUCCUCCUCCUGUAGCGGCAACGUGGGGGCAGCGCCCGACCGAACUCCCCAUGGCCCAGAACCUGAAGGACUUGGCGGGGCGCCUUCCCGCUGGGCCGCGCGGGAUGGGCACCGCCCUCAAGCUGCUGCUGGGAGCUGGCGCCGUCGCCUACGGGGUCCGCGAGUCGAUCUUCACCGUGGAAGGAGGCCAGAGGGCGAUAUUCUUCAACCGCAUCGGUGGGAUCCAGCCAGACACGAUCCUGGCGGAGGGGCUGCACUUCAGAAUCCCCUGGUUUCAGUAUCCAAUAAUUUAUGAUAUCCGAGCUCGACCCCGAAAAAUCUCCUCCCCAACGGGCUCCAAAGAUCUGCAGAUGGUGAACAUUUCUCUGCGUGUCCUUUCACGCCCCAAUGCUGCAGAGCUGCCCAAAAUGUACCAGCGCCUGGGUCUGGACUAUGAGGAGCGGGUCCUUCCUUCGAUUGUCAACGAGGUGCUCAAAAGUGUUGUGGCCAAGUUCAAUGCUUCACAACUCAUCACUCAGCGAGCUCAGGUCUCUCUGCUAAUCCGACGGGAACUGACAGAGCGAGCCAAGGAUUUCAGCCUCAUCUUGGAUGAUGUGGCCAUCACAGAGCUAAGUUUCAGCCGCGAGUACACAGCGGCUGUUGAGGCUAAGCAAGUGGCCCAGCAAGAGGCCCAGCGAGCCCAGUUCCUGGUGGAGAAGGCCAAGCAGGAACAGAAGCAGAAGAUUGUCCAGGCAGAGGGGGAAGCCACAGCUGCCAAGAUGAUUGGUGAAGCCUUGAGCAAGAACCCAGGCUAUAUCAAGCUGCGCAAGAUCCGAGCUGCCCAGAACAUCUCCAAAACAAUUGCGGCGUCGCAGAACCGCGUGUAUCUCACAGCUGAUAACUUACAGUUGAACCUACAGGAUGAGGGCUUCACCAGGCUGCCUCUCCUGACAUGCAGAGGAAGUGACAGCCUCCUGACCAAACCAGGGAAGAAAUGAAACUGCUAGAACCAUUCACACCAACUGGCAGAGCAAGAUGUGUGAGUGACCUUGGCGAUCUUCCCUCACCCAAGAUUCUCCGUCUGCCUGGGCCCUCUGCUGGUGCCUGUUAGUUUUCACUGAUUGUUCUCUCUCACUUACUUUGAAAUUCCCAAUGCAAUGGCCAAGCUGGUACCCAAUCCCCAGUGUUGGGAGCCAUCUAUGCCAUUGGGCUUCACCAGUUGGCUAGUUUAAUUCCUGCUUCAUUUGGGUCCUAUUAAAUCCCAUUUGGUGGUUUUAAACUCGGGCAGGGGCGGGCAGUGUGAGCCCUUGGGGACCUGUUAUUCACACGCUGCCUCUGCUAGUGCUUGGAUUUUUAUAGGACUAGAAUCGUAACUGCUGUGUCUGCCAAGACUGUGAGGCCUUUGUUUUGGUACCAGCACCUAGCUUUCAGUUCAAUGAAUCUCUUGUUAAUUUCUCUUCCAGCCCUUCCUUCCCCAUGGGAAAACUCUUGAACGGAGGUUUUAUGGGGCUCAUGCCAUUUUUGGGCUCUCAGAUCACAUAAUUUUAUCUGCUCAGUGAUUCUUUCAAAAGUUUGUAAAAGUAAAAAAAGAACCAAAACUUG